CCCCGGGGUGCGGAGCUGGUGCCCGGCGUGGAGAUCCGCGAGCGCAGCCAUGCCCCAGGCCGCCUCCGGGGCAGCAGCGGCGGCGGCGGCCGGGGCCGGGGCGCGGGCCGGAGACGCCGGAGGGCCGGCGAGGACCCGGGAGGGACGAUGAAGCGGCAGAAUGUGCGCACGUUGGCUCUCAUCGUGUGCACCUUCACCUACCUGCUGGUGGGCGCCGCGGUGUUCGACGCACUGGAGUCGGAGCCGGAGAUGAUCGAGCGGCAGCGGCUGGAGCUGCGGCAGCUGGAGCUGCGGGCGCGCUACAACCUCAGCGAGGGCGGCUACGAGGAGCUGGAGCGCGUCGUGCUGCGCCUCAAGCCGCACAAGGCCGGCGUGCAGUGGCGCUUCGCCGGCUCCUUCUACUUCGCCAUCACCGUCAUCACCACCAUCGGCUAUGGUCAUGCGGCGCCCAGCACGGACGGAGGCAAGGUGUUCUGCAUGUUCUACGCGCUGCUGGGCAUCCCGCUCACACUAGUCAUGUUCCAGAGCCUGGGUGAACGCAUCAACACCUUCGUGAGGUACCUGCUGCACCGUGCCAAGAGGGGGCUGGGCAUGCGGCACGCCGAGGUGUCCAUGGCCAACAUGGUGCUCAUCGGUUUCGUGUCGUGCAUCAGCACGCUGUGCAUCGGCGCAGCUGCCUUCUCCUACUACGAGCGCUGGACUUUCUUCCAGGCCUAUUACUACUGCUUCAUCACCCUCACCACCAUCGGCUUCGGCGACUAUGUGGCGCUGCAGAAGGACCAGGCGCUGCAGACGCAGCCGCAGUAUGUGGCCUUCAGCUUCGUGUACAUCCUCACGGGCCUCACGGUCAUCGGCGCCUUCCUCAACCUCGUGGUGCUGCGAUUCAUGACCAUGAACGCCGAGGACGAGAAGCGUGAUGCGGAGCACCGCGCCCUGCUCACGCACAACGGCCAGGCUGUCGGCCUGGGUGGCCUGAGCUGCCUGAGCGGUAGCCUGGGCGACGGCGUGCGUCCCCGCGACCCAGUCACAUGCGCUGCGGCCGCGGGAGGCGUGGGCGUGGGCGUCGGUGGCAGCGGCUUCCGCAACGUCUAUGCCGAGGUGCUGCACUUCCAGUCCAUGUGCUCGUGCCUCUGGUACAAGAGCCGCGAGAAGCUGCAGUACUCCAUCCCCAUGAUCAUCCCGCGGGACCUCUCCACGUCCGACACCUGCGUGGAGCACAGCCACUCGUCGCCGGGAGGCGGCGGCCGCUACAGCGACACGCCCUCACACCCCUGCCUGUGCAGCGGGACGCAGCGCUCGGCCAUCAGCUCGGUGUCCACGGGCCUGCACAGCCUGGCUGCCUUCCGCGGCCUCAUGAAGCGCAGGAGCUCGGUGUGAACCACAGCCAGACCUGGAGCACCUGUGAGCCAGAGGGGUAGGGGACCUGCCUGCAGAAGCCGCAGGAGUUGGCCAGAAGGCCCCCCAAAGACGCCUUCGGGCCCCAUGGGAAGUCCCCAGCCCAUCACCACCACCACCACCUCUACUCUUCCCCAGCCCCUAAAUCUCCAACUGUGCAGGCUAUCACUAGCCAGCAGGAGGCGGGGCUCUGAGGACCCCUGGAGCCCCCAUCGGAGCCGAAGAAUUCCGAGAAAUGUGAAACUUAGGGGGUGGGGAGCCCGGAAAGCAGCCACGGGGAGCUGCUGAGAAGCCCCCAGUCCUCAGAGGCCCUACGGGGGCCCCAGACCCCUCACCUCCGGAGGGAACUAAUGUUCUCGGGUUUUGUUUUCUGUUUUCUGUUUUGGUUUGGUUCUCUCUCUCUCUCUCUCUCUCUCUCUCUCUCUCUCUCUCUCCCUCCCUCCCUCCCUCCUUCUCUCUCUCUCUUCUACUUACACCUCCUCUGGGUUCUCCAAAGCCCAAGGUGUUUUUGUCCAGGUCACCCCCACUCAGUCCCACCUGGCUCUCAUCCCCAGCCAUGUCUCCCAGCCUUCCACUACCUUACGUGUCCACUCCCUUCUGUUUUUUGCAUGGCUAUGCAGUUAUGGAAGAAAAAAAAAAAAAAGGAAACCCCAGCAGCCCCUAAAGCUAGUCCCCAGAGGGCAAGAUAAAAAAGAAAGAAAGAAAAAAAAAAAAAAGAAGAAGAAAAAAAAAGGGCAGGCCACAGAUGUUAGAGCAGAGUGUGUGCAGAAACUGUGGCUUCCACCUCUGCGGGGUGGACAUCUGUAGGUGAGCCACCUGGAGUCUGGGAACAUUCUCAGGGGCUCCUGAGAGACUCCAGCCUUCAGGACUGCCCUUGGAAUCUAAAACAUGGACUCCCCUUUGCUGUCCCUGGCUGCAGCUGCUCAUUCACUCGUCCAUAGGUUGUUUUUUUUUGUUUGUUUGUUUUUUUGUUUUUUGUUUUUUUGUCCCAGAAACCCUGUGCCACCUCCGUAUUCAUUUGAGUGUAAUAACACUCUAGUUAAGUCACCUGGGCAGUUCUUAUGGCCAUUUUUCAGAAGAGGAAAACAGGUAAAAAAAAAAAAAUUUUUUUUUUUACUUGCCCGGGGUGUCUUGAAGGGGAACAGCCUGCCGGCUUGUUCCCAGCCCAAGUGCUCUUUCUUCAGGCUCAGCCUGCCCUCAGAAGCGAAGCCCCUGCAGGCAACACCCCAGCUUUGUGUAGGCAGCUGGGGUUUAAACCAGAAUCAAAAGCCCCAGCCUGAGCCACUGCCAGGGCUCUGCCUCUGGUACUCUUUAGCCCAGAGACUGAGGCUCUAAAUGGACCCUUGUCUCUGUUCACAAGCAGGGAAGUCCUUGGGACCAAGGUAAGAAGGACUGAGUCUCAUGGACUACAAGCCAGCAGUUGGCACUCUUGAGAGUUCAGGGACUGGGCAGAGCAGCCCAGACAGCUGACAGGUAUAUCCUGGGACGUUUUCCCUGGCCUAGAAGCCAGGAUAAAUGCAUCCUAAGUUGCUAGAGUAACUUCCACUGCAGCCAGGAACACCCCUCUGGAGGGAAGGAGGUAUUGGGCCUGCUAUGCCUUCUACCUCCUCUACCUGCAACCCAGUGGAGGGUGGCUUGCUACUGGGGACAAGCUGGAGGUGGAAACCAGGACAACAGAAGGGUAUGUGUGGGGCUAUGGGUAUAGCCCCAAGUUUUAUUCCCAGUACCAUGAAAAGGGAAACCUUUCCCCUGCAGAGCUGCCUUCUGCUCACUGUUCCCAGGCCUAGCUCCAUACUGCUGAGUAAGGCCAAUGUGACCAUUUGGGGAGGUAGAGAGAGAGCCCCACCAUGUCCUCCAGGUCCUGGGAAAUCCUUAGGUGGAAGGAAUCUGGCCUGUGUGUAUCCCAUGUCCGUGUGGAGGAGCUGGCCCCUGUGUCAAGGGGGAAUGGAACCCAGCAGCUGGAGAGGUGCUGUCUGUGUUUAUGUUGGGCUGGAGGCAGUGCUGGCUGCCUCUGUCCUGUGUGUGACCCUGCCCUCGAGGGGUCAAGUCCCGUCAGAUCCGAGGGAGCCACAACCAAAGUUACAGAGAGGGUGGGGAAGGCAGCAGAGUGGCCCUAGGGUCUAAGCAUGGGGGACUGCUGGUCUCCUGUAGGGUCUUUGCCUAGGGAACUAGAAGGCCACUGUCACUUCCUGUCUCACCCCCUCCCAUGCAGGCAGCCUUUCUGCUUCCCCAAUGCCUUAUGCCUGGGCACACUGCCACAGAAUAUGCAAUAUGUGUGGGUGACAUCCCCACACCCACCCGGGCAGCCCCUAAGUCCCCAGGCUGUGGCUGCCCUGGCCCCCUUUUCAGCAGCUCCUGCCCAUCUGUCUUCACACUGAGAAUGGCGCCUAAUAAAUGCUGUCCAUGGAGACCAGG